AUGUUAACAAACGAAAAAGAACAAAUAGCAAAACGAAAACAAGUCACAAAAAAAAAACAAACAAGUGGCAAAGAAACAUCCUCUUGUUGGGACUCAUUUGAUAAAGUUAUGAUAAAAGAAGAUGAUGGUAUGGAAAGAAGAUAUGGAAAAUGUCAAUGGUGUGAAAGGCUACUAAAGGCGGAUGUGGAAAGGAAUGGGACUUCUAGUUUACUCAAACACGUAGAUCGGUGUCAAAAAAACCCGAAUAAGCUACAAGAUCCAACUCAAACCAAAUUGAAUCUAAAAAAGGAGUCAAAUGGAGAUACUAGUGUUAAAACAUGGAAACACGAUGAUGCAAGGAUCAAAAAAGCAUUACUUAACCUUUUUGUGGUAGGCGAAUUACCUUUCAAGUUCGUUGAAAACGAGGCUUUUGUGGAAUACACCAAUGCACUUAAUGCUAAGGUUAUGUUGCCAUCUAGACAUACAAUAUCCCGAAAUGUUUCCAAAUUUUACAUAGAAGAAAGAACCAAAAUGCUUCAAUUUUUAAGUAACCCAAAGACCGCUAUACAUUUGACAACGGACACUUGGACGUCUUCUUGUCAAAGGACUACUUACAUGGUGGUCACGACUCACUUCAUAGAUGAGAAUUGGAUGAUGCACAAGAGAAUUAUAAACUUUAGGGAGAUAGAUAGCCAUAAGGGAGAGGAUAUGGGCCGAGAAUUACUCGAUUGUAUUCGUGGAUGGGGAAUGAAAAAUGUCAUGACCAUUACCUUGGACAACGCCGCUACAAACGACAAGGCAAUGGACUUUUUGGUCAAAAAGUUGCCCAAUCUUUACGAGGGUGGAAAGCAUUUCCAAGUUAGGUGUAUGACUCACAUUUUAAACCUUAUCGUAAAUGAUGGACUAAAAUACCAAAACUAUCAUGUUGAGUGUAUCCAAAAGGCGGUACGGUACAUUAGAUUGUCACCACAAAGAAUAAACAAGUUCAAGAAGGCGAUGAAAGAUUGUGGCUUACAAACGAAGAAGUUUCUAUGUGGUGACACUCCUACCCGAUGGAACUCGACUUUCAAGUUAUUGAAGUCCGCAUAUGAGUUACGAGAGGCAUUUACGGAAUUUGGCAUAAGAGAGCUUGUUUCGGCUACAUCAAAACCUUUGGUAAAUCUUUUUAUCAGGGAAGUCUUAGAUGUGGACAUACAUCUAAGAAAGUGGUCAACCAAACCAAUGUUUCUCGAUAUGGUAAAAGAUAUGAGGACGAAAUACGAAAAGUAUUGGGGUGCAUACAACAAGAUGAAUGAUUUUAUGUACUUUGCAGUUUUACUUGAUCCUACCACCAAAUCACCUUUUUUGUUACAUGCUUUUAAAAAAAUGAUCGGGUACAUGGAACCAUCAUUGACCCCCGCGAGCAUAGACAUAAAAGCACGUCAAAUGGUCCGAGAGGUUGAGAAUAGGAUGGAAAAUUUAUUUAUGACCUACUUGGAACGAUUUGACAGCGGUGGAUCAUCUCAACAAGAAGCGAGUCAAAUAGCCAUUGAUGUUGAUGAUGAUAAUGAUUUUUUCGGUGAUUUUCUUUGUACGGGAGGUAGCAACUCGGAUCCAACGGAUAACGAGUUACGAACUUAUUUGAAAGAGAAUAUAGUUAAUUAUAAAAAAGAUUUCUCAAUUCUCGGGUGGUGGAGAGUAAACGCAAUUAGGUUCCCAACAAUUGCUCGGAUGGCGAAAGAGAUGAUUGCCGAACAGAGCACGAAAGCUCCAUUUUUGUCUCAAGAAGAAGAAGAAUAUUACAAUAAUAACAGAAAAAAAUGGAGAACGCCUCUUCGGUAUAUCAUUAUCAUGUCAAUCAUCGCUGUAAUAUUUAUCAUCCUUACAUUAGGAGGCAGCUCUAGCUCAAGUUCUAGCUUGUUAGAUGGCGGGAAAAGGAGGAUACAAAACAGCGAUACAGUUGAGUCAAUGGGAGCAGUGGUUGCCGCCGACGAUGCUCGGUGCUCUGAGAUCGGAGCAUCCGUCCUUCGAGCCGGCGGCCAUGCGGUUGAUGCAUCGGUGGCUGUUGCUCUGUGUGUUGGUGUUGUGAAUCCGAUGGCUAGUGGUAUCGGAGGUGGUGGCUUCAUGGUUGUCCGAUCGGCGGAGACAUCACAAACGCUGGCAUUUGAUUUCAGGGAAACUGCCCCUUUGGCUGCUUCAGAGAACAUGUACGAGAAAGAUCUAAACUCCAAAUAUUUCGGAGCAUUAUCAAUGGGUGUUCCCGGAGAGAUAGCCGGUCUUUAUACAGCUUGGUCAAAAUACGGCCGUUUACCAUGGAAGACAUUAUUUAAUCCGGCCAUCAAACUCGCAAAAGAUGGAUUCUUGGUUGCACCUUAUCUUGCCAAUAGCAUUUCAAGCUUUGCUUCUACAAUAAAGAAAGACCCCGGCUUGCAACAAGUAUAUGCACCAAAAGGGAAGGUUCUAGAAGCCGGAGACAUUUGCUAUAACCCUAAGCUUGGUUUGACUUUAGAAAUCAUAGCAAAUGAAGGACCGGAAGCGUUUUAUGGUGGUGUGAUAGGGGAGAAGUUGGUUAAGGAUGUUCAAGAUGUCGGUGGGAUUUUGACAAUGGAAGAUUUGAGGAAUUAUCAAGUUGAGGUUACAGAUGCGCUUGAAGCAGAUACUAUGGGUUACACUGUUUUAGGGAUGCCAGCCCCAUCUAGUGGUACGUUGGGGAUAACUUUGGUUUUAAAUAUCUUACAAAGCUAUGAGAACUCAAAUGCUGCGAAAGGGUCGUUGGGUUUACAUCGUCUUAUUGAAUCAUUGAAGCACAUGUUUGCUAUUCGUAUGGAUUUGGGUGACCCAAAUUUUGUCGAUAUAAGUAAAACUGUAGCCAAAAUGCUUUCACCCGCAUUCGCGAAAAGCAUUCAAAAACGUAUUUUCGACAACACCACUUUUCCACCCACAUAUUACAUGCCCAAGUGGAGUCAACUACUAGACCAUGGAACAAGUCAUUUUUGCAUAGUGGAUGCUGAUAGAAACGCAAUAUCAAUGACAACAACUGUGAAUUACCCAUUUGGAGGUGGGGUUCUCUCUAGUUCCACGGGGAUUGUGUUAAACAAUGAAAUGGGCGACUUUUCAGUUCCUACUGAAAUAUCGCCAGACUCCCUUCCUCCUUCACCUUUUAAUUUUAUAGAACCAAAUAAACGUCCGUUAUCCUCAAUGACUCCAAUUAUCAUCCUCAAGGAUGAUCAAUUAGUCGGGGUGAUUGGGGGGAGUGGUGGAAUGGAAAUAAUUCCAGCGGUUGCUCAAGUUUUCAUAAACGGUUUUAUCUUAGGCAUGGACCCGUCCACUGCGGUUCAAUCGCCACGUGUCUACCACAAGUUGAUACCGAAUGUGGUAAAGUAUGAGAACUUGACAGUGAUUGAUGGAGAUCAUAUCGAGCUAUCGGAUGAUCGAAGGAGAUUUUUGGAGGAAAGGGGCCAUGUGUUGGAGCCAAAAGCUAGUGGAGCUAUAUGUCAGCUUAUCGUUCAAACUUUGACAAAAGUUAAGGAUAAUAGGAAAGUGAAGUAUGAACAUCGUAAUGUUUUGAGAGGGAUGCUUACUGCCGUAAGUGAUCCUAGAAAAAAUGGACGGCCCGCAGCUUUAUAACGAUGGCAGCGGUGGUUGUGGUUGUGGUUGUAUGCAUUUUUGGGUUUAUCACUUUAUCUCCUUGAUAAGGCUUGGGUUGAUGGGUCCCACAUAGAUAAUUUUAGAAAAUAAGUCUUACAUCUGUGCAUUUUGAAUCUUUAUUGGUGUAUGAUGUGUAUACCUAUACAUUUAAAAACGGUUUAACAGUUAAGGUCUAAACUUUAAAUAAUUUUGAGCUUGGUUUGAAAAAAAUAAUCAAAAUUGACCGAGGUUCAAAUAGUUUGAAAAUAUUAAAUAUAUAUCAUUAUAGAUACAACAAGUUUGAUUUGAAAAAUAACUCAAGUAUUUAUCAGAACUAUAUUUACUUAAGCAAAUUUGAUUAAAGGUUGAC